AUGGCAAGCUCCUACAGAAAACCACUUCCCCACAGGCAUCAAACAAAUAAAACCAGUUAGUGCCCAGCAUACUCGAUUAGUUCCUGGUUCACUUGUGAAUCAGAUUCAGAAAGCUCUGGAAGACUCUGCUUGCUUCUGUGACAGCAAAGAUGAGCAGAUUACAG